UACCGAAAACAGUGUUAGGGGCCUAGAUCUAGUAAGAUAGAUCUAGUCAAAUAAUGGAUAUUUCAGGAAAUGUUCUGACAAACGUGAUAAUAGUUUUAGAUAGGAUAUUUAAAUUUCUAUCAGCACGACAGCUAAACACAUGUUCUAGAGUGUGCAAAACCUGGUGUGAUCAGGCACGCAGAGAGAAAGCUAGUCGUGCAAAAAUGAGAUGGAAUUACUUUAAGCAUACACAGAACAUUGAGGAUGGACACAUUGAUGAGCAGUGGUGGACUCUGGUCAAACAUUAUAUUUUGGACAGCCCACUAGAACCAAGACAUGUGCUCAUGUUCUGCACUGACACGCUGUGGAGCAGCAUUAAGGAACACAACAGCCAGACCAACAUCAUGAUGGAGUUUCUUUCUUCUUCACUGCCAGCUCUCUGUGUCUUUCAUGUUGUUGUUACAGAUGGCAUUGUGGGGACAGAUGAAGCCAUGAAAACAGAAGAGCUGGAGGAGUACACAAUGGCCCUGUCACUGGUCAUGUUUGGCCAGCUACUGGGCGCUGAGUUUGUUCCAUUUUCCUCCUCCCACGCUGAGUGCCUGCAGCUGGCCAGCUAUUGGUCGGGUCAAUCCCAGCAGAUACCACCAUGUGUCCAGUCAUUGAAGAAAAAGAAGGUCCAGAUGAUCAACCUGUACUGCCCCAUGAGUGGUAUUGACCAGGAGAUCAGCUACUCCCUGUACCGCAUGUUUGACUGGCCACUCAUUGCUGGAGGUUACGUCAAUGAGAAAGUCCUCAAAGAUUUCUCUCACAAAGUUUUCAACUCUGAUGAGAGUUCUGACAGCAGCUGUAUUGUGUCUGGGCUGGCUCUCUGUGGGGACCAGGUGCAAGUGGCCUCUGUGCUCAUCCGCAGUGAUGUGGAUAGAGAGGAGGAGGUGGAUCAACUGGUGUCCAAACUAAAAGCUCACAACUUUCCCCUGCACCAUAGCAUUGGUCUGAUGUACGCCUGUGUGGGCCGAGGCUUCCACGUCUACAACAAACACAAUGUCGAGUCUGGAAUAUUCCGUAAACACUUCCCUCAGACACCCCUGCUGGGUUUCUUUGGCAAUGGGGAAAUUGGAUGCUUUUAUUCCACAUCAUCAAGAAACAUUCAGGAAUAUGAGAGGCGCCACCCACCAAAGCUGCUUCAUGCCUACACAACAGUCAUGUGCCUAAUCUCUCUCCCAUAGACAUUUCUGCUGCAUCUUUUGUGGUGGGUCUUUUGCUGGCUAAACAACCCAGACAGGACAUGUGAGUGACCUAACACCAGACAGGACAUGUGAGUGACCUAACACCAGACAGGACAUGUGAGUGACCUAACACCAGACAGGACAUAUGUGAGUGACCUAACACCAGACAGGACAUAUGUGAGUGACCUAACACCAGACAGGACAUAUGUGAGUGACCUAACACCAGACAGGACAUGUGAGUGACCUAACACCAGACAGGACAUAUGUGAGUGACCUAACACCAGACAGGACAUGUGAGUGACCUAACACCAGACAGGACAUGUGAGUGGCCUAACACCAGACAGGACAUGUGAGUGACCUAACACCAGACAGGACAUGUGAGUGACCUAACACCA